GCACCGACUUGUGACUCUAAUCUUUUCUUUAGCCUUUCAUCACUUUACCGAACCGCAGUUGUUCAGGUCUUGACUGGCGACGACGCUCUCUCAAGCCUUCCGAGUCCACACUACAAGUUUCGCAAAAUCAAUCCGACAAUAGCUCACGCGCAAAGAUGUCUUUCCAGAAGCCCGAGAAGGAUUUCGGCGAGGGCCCGAAAAUCCACAAGAUCCGCAUCACCCUGACUUCUCGCAAAGUCCAAUCCCUUGAGAAGGUCUGCUCCGAACUGCUCGAGCGCGCAAAGUCCAAGCACCUCCGCGUCAAGGGUCCCGUCCGUCUGCCUACCAAGACUCUCAAGGUCACCACCCGAAAGACACCCUGUGGUGAGGGUAGCAAGACGUGGGACAUGUACGAGAUGAGAAUACACAAGCGUCUGAUCGAUCUCAAUGCCCCGACUGAGGUUGUCAAGCAAAUCAUCAUCAACAUCGAGGCCGGUGUCGAGGUCGAGGUUACCAUUGCUGCCUAAGCGAAAGAGACUGCGCAAGGCUACGGAACGGUCCAAGGGUCAUGUCCUCGUCACUGUCGCGGUGCUGGAGGAAAUCCAAGGCUGCUUGCUAAUUCGACUGUACAAGACGAGAUGAAGAGCGGAACAAAUCUGAAGCGUCCAAUGAAACUUCCACCUGUUCGACUUGAGCCGUUGUUGCGUGCGCCGUGCUCCAUGCUUCUCAUGUAAAAUUUCUUGUUAAUUGCUUGUUAAUUGAGGCAUUGCAUCA